AUGUUCUACAACCAAAGUAGUUAUUCUGUUGGAUCACAACCGUAUAUAGUGGCCGUUAGCAAUGUCAAUAAUGACAAUUGGUCCGAUAUCAUUGUUUUUAGUUAUUAUUCAAAUAAUGUCGAGGUUCGUCUCAAUAGUAAGAAUGGUACAUUUCAGAAUCGAACUGUUCAUACAAUUGGUACGCAUUCGUCCUUUGUCGUUGUAGCAGACGUAGACAAUAACGAUAGCUUUGAUAUGAUUGUCACUAACUGUAACUCGAACAACAUUGGAGUUCUUUGCAAAUGUGGAAAACGGUAUAUUCUUGCCUCAGAUGACAUAUUCGACCACUGCUGGGUCAUGAGCGAUCGUAGCCGUAUCCACGUUCGACCUGAUAUUGUCGUGACAAAUUCAGAUUCAAACAAUGUCGGAGUCCUUUUUAAUAUAGACAACGAUUAUCUGAAUAACAAUAAUCAUCUCGAUAUAAUUGUGACCAAUCAAAAUUCCAAGACGAUCAGCCGGAAAUUCUUGUCGCAAAUUCUGGUUCAGAUACUACCGGUAUCCUGUUGA